AAUGAAUUUAAUAACAAGAGUCAACAUAAUGUAGAGCCAAAUGUAAUUUUAAAAUCUUUGACGAUUACAUAAAUAUUUGCUACUAGGUAUGAGUAACUUCCUGUAAAGCACACCAAUAUGGCGUCUACAUCAAACACAGAUGCAAAAAGAUAUGAUAAGUUAUCUUCUAUUUACUUUAAGUUAUGCAAACAUGAAGCGACGGUCUCUCCCACUUAGACGAGGUUGCAAUAAAUCCUCGCCAAGUUAAAUACUACAUAUAUAUGUACGUAAAACCAGUAGGAAUUGCAAACCAAGGCAAUUAAAUCAUCCAAUUAUUGUUAUACAUUUCAUAUAAAGUAUUUAAAACAACUUCACUAAUUUACAUACGUUUGAAUAAAACACAAAUUUGUCUAAAAUGUAUAGCACCUUUGUCCAAUUUGCAUGCAUAUUAAAAUCCGUUAAAUUUUGUAACACCAUCAUAUAAAAUGUGAUGUUUCGUAAUCUCAAUGCACACCGUUGUUGGCCCGAAGCGUUUACCUGUUUUUCAUUCGAAAGCUCGUGCGAGCGAGACAGCACAUAUAUUCCAAAAGCGUAUAAAGAAUUCCUGGCAACAAGCGGCCAAGAUCGGGGCCGACAACACUGACAAUGCAAGAUUCUGCGUCUGGUUAUACUAAGCGACCGCUUUCAAAAUACACGGGAUUAUCGUAAAUUGGGUGUUCGAGUGCGCCUCUUCAUUUCGGUCGGCAGUCAAGUGAAGCGUGGACGGUGUGGCAACCAUGCGCGGCGCAUUCUUUCCUCACUUCACGCAGUUGCGUCCCGACCGCCGUCGAGCACGGACCCACGUCGCUCGCUCCCCCGAAUAUAUCGUACAAUAAACAUUUAAACAAAUUCACAAGUGUUCUAAAUCGAUUCGAAGUGAAUCAACGUACAAUUUUUAGUGAUGGGAAGUGUUGAAUAUCGUGCGGACAUCGAUAGCGUACGAUGACCAAAACUUUAAGUUGGGAAGAACGGAAAAAAGUUGCGGAGUCAAAUGCACUCCCGUAUACAAAAAAUGUGUGCUUGUAAUAUUGUGAUGGUCUGAUGGGAUCGCAGUGCGGCCAAUACAGUGUAGCUAGUGAUGUGUACUGUGAUAUAAAAUUUCGGCAGUCGCGUAGAUGAUUGCCGUUCUUGUGUGUGAUAUUAUUAGUUUAUUAGUUACCAAAGAUUCCUCAUGAUCUUAUACAUUAGUUUGUGUUUCAUAUUGGUAGUUUUAGCUGAUCCGUUGCCAGGCAAGCACGUACCGCUAGAGAGCUAUGAGAGCGAACUGGAGAGGGAACACGCGCUCCCCACGUCCGUACCCAACGCUGACAUACUCAAGACUAACAGCAACCCGACGUAUCAUAAGCCGAGGCCUCCGCAGCACCACGGGGCCGCUCUCCUGGCCGGAGUGGGGGGAGGGGGCGCCGUCCCCUCGUACGCCCCUCCCGGCCGAGCCUUCUUCACCCCCCCUUUGCCGCCUGAGUACAGAAACCCUUUCGCUGACAAGCCUACACUUAGAGGCACGAACACAGAUGGGAACAACUAUCUCAACCGGCGGCCUAUCCCUCCGCCCUCGCUUGGGCCAGGCCACGACAGGAUACCCAUCAGGCCUCCUGGACAGGAGACUUCAUCGCCCCAAGUGCCGGCGCCGCCACCUGCACCGCCGAUGCCGCCGCCGGGUAUCGAACCCCAGAAGAAGAAGGCACUUAACACGCCUAGCCAUAAGCCGGACGAACUAGACAGCGAUAUAAAGCAGCCAGGAACUGACCAAGCCAACUUCACAGACUUCGUUCCAAACUCACUCAACAUCCCGACCAUAUCGAGAAUCCUCUCAGGAUCCAAUGGCCGUAAAGAGGAUAUUCCUGAUGUCCUCCUACGGACAGUCACAGCAAAACCCCAACACAACCAAGAGAAGACGUCCAAGAGCGAUAUUUUCGUCACAAAGGAAGUAGGAGUCACGCUCAGCGAUUCAAGUAGAGACACAUCCACAGAAGGAUCAGUCCUAGCAGUACUAGAUCCAGAAAUGAACAAUCUAGAUAGACCUUUAAUUAUAGACCAAAAUGGAGAAACUAAUACGAGGAGAAAUCUUCAAUACGCGACUAAUAAACAGUCGGAUAGAAAUGACAGCAGAAAAGAAGAUUACACUCCGGCUACAACUGUUGGGUUCGAGCUGAAAGAUCCUGAAAUGUCAACUGAAAGGUACCAUAACCUGGCAAAUGUGAAUUCUGAUAAGAAGAUCCUGAAACAGGAUUCGAAGAAUUCAGGACCAGUCCAAAGGCCAGGAGCGGCGUGGCCGUUCGCGUGGAACCUGCACAUCUACCUAGCAACAGUCAUGUUCACCAUCCUAGCGGUCUACUCCAUCUUCAAGAUCUUCUGCUACAACAAAUACACCCAUCUCUUCACCCAGUAUUACUUCAUCAUACUCCAUUUAAUUUUGGUCCUCGUCUGUCUGUUAAGGAUCUUCUACAUGUGCUACGACCCCUACAACAUCAACAACUCACUCCCUAAAUUUAUAAGCGAAAUUCUUCUUCACAUCCCCGAAAUUUUCCUUAGCAUAGCGUUUGCUUGUAUCAUACUAUUCCUUCUUACUAUUAGUAUUAAUUUUAAGAAUACCUGCUGUUCAUUCCUUCUUCGUCCUAGAAUUAUAAUUAUAGGUGGCAGUCUUCAUAUACUGUCCUGUUUAAUGUUGCAUAUCUUCGAAAGUAGUAAUACAAUACAUAGGAAUACGCACGGCGUUGAAAAGAGGGUAUUAGGUCUAACGUGUCAAAUAAUAUUUAUAAUAGCGUGCCUCACUUUAGGCCUUUGCUAUCUUUAUGUAUAUAAAAUGCUCAAAACUGUACUGCAGAAGAAGAGUCACACGUAUAUCAAUGGGUCCCAAAAUUUGCAACAUGCCAUCCAGAUAAAAUUAGCUACAGCAUUGCUGUUCAUUCUGAUGGCAGCGUUGCAAAUCUUCGGGAUAUUUGGCAUUAACCAAGUCAACAUGACCAAGUUCGACUGGCUCCAAUGGGGCUACCAGUUCUCAUUGCGACUGCUUGAAGUAAGCAUAGUAGCUCUUAUAUCCUGGGUAAUAAGUCUCAAAGUUGGAAUUGCUCUGCAACACGAAAAGACUGAUGGACACAAAAUAUCAGGACUUGGUCUUUUCGCUUGUGGAGCUGGUUCCAGCAACGAACAAUUUGAGUCAGACUACCCCGCUAUUUGCAACACCAAUACAAACCUUCAUACUUAUACAAUGAGGACUGGGAAACCUAUUUACGAGAGCACAGGUCACCAUCCAGUCAUGCCUGACCCCUGCUGUGGACCAGUCAUUGACCAUCAGAGGUUCCAACUCAACACUUUGACGGGUCCCUGCGACAAUAAUUCUGGGACUGAGAAUUAUUCUGGACACAGUUCUAUAGCGAACGCUGGCCACAGCAGUUCCACAGAAUCGAGCAACGCGACUUCUAGUCAAGGCGUGACCAAUCACUUAAUAAAACAUCACCCGAACAUAGCUUACAAUGGCAUCGAGUCUGCAUCAGACGACCAUUAUUCGAACUGCGAUCCCGCGAUCCAAUCCUUACAAGGCGAUGACCCAUUAGACCACGAAUACAACGUCAUCCAAUACGGUAGCAACAGCGAUUUCAUUAGAGACAUCAAGAACCAAAACUACAAUGGCGGAUCAAACCGCAGUUCACACAACUUCAAACACAUGUCUUACGACCGGGUUUCGUCUCGGACUAACAGCAACCCUCGGAAAAAGCACAGAGCGAAGAACAAGAACGUUCAGAACUGCAUGACGAUGGGCUAUGACGCGUCAAUCGGCCAUCAUUACCAUCAGCCACAUUCACCUGAUGAAUAUGGCAAUUAUAAUACAGAAAACGCCUCGUACCACGCUUCUGGUAUCCAGACUCUUAACCCCAACAGGAGUUAUAGCAACGAUCCUUGCCAGCAGAUCAGGAGUUCUCAGCGUAGAAACUCGCCAUCGACCUCCAUGGUCAACUCCAGCGGGAGUCAGAAGCGUGGUAAAGGGAACGGUUUCCCCGACAGGCCGAAGUCUACGGACCUGUACGGGUUUUCUGAGGAUCCCAAUGAGAGAGGGUAUCCUUGCGCGCUGGGAGGGACGCCUCAGCCAGCUCCAAGGAACUGCAGCUACGAGGCUUCGUACUCCCAGCCGCAGGACGAGAUUCCCAACGAAGCGGAAGGGAACAGUAUGCUGGUGGCCCAAGACGGCUUCCUAAGGAUCCGUUCUAUGAAGGACCCCUCACCGAACCCUCAACCUUCGCAUACCUGAUUCACCAUAAAUCUGUCGUAUACGACAGAACUAAGUUUUUGAUGAAUGUUUAUCUGGCUGCUAGUAUCAAGUUUGUAUUGAUGGUGAGCUCUCGAGCCAGUAUAUUCUAAGUGUGAUGCUCAUUAGCUCAUGCAAGGACUAAAAUGUCAAUGUGAAGUUGACGGUGAAUGCCUUAAGUAAGGCAGCAUUUUAAAGCUUUUUUAUUUAAGUAACUUAAAAAUACUUACACUGUACAGAUCAUAUACUGUUUUCAUUUAUUUCUUGACUAAUUUACGGACUCAUGAAGAGUGUUACGUAAGAAAUUAAUAAAUAAAAUACAUAAUUUUUAUAGCCAUGACCCAUUUGACAUUGUCGAAUCAAAAUCAUGUAAAAUUGUAAAUGUUAGUUAACUUGACGUAAUAUAAGUUUAAAUCGUAACGGCCUUUGUAAAUAGCGUUCUCUUUAGUUUAAACGGUCUAUGUAAAAAUAAUAUAUCUCAUGAGAUUUCGUUCAGACAGGAAUAGUUAUAGAAAUUACAUAAACACUGCGUAGUAUGAAAUUUUAAAGCAGGUAUGUUGUAUGCAAGAGCGAGACAGCUGUAGCUCUGUACGUAGCGGCGUCUGUCGCACAACGAUAACAAUUGCGUUUUAAGAUUUCAUAGUACACGGUUCUAAUAAUUUUAUGUUUGCAGAGUUUAAAUUAAGUCUGCAUUUCAAAUUUGGGUUGAAUUGAAUUCAAAAUUUUGAAUAUAAAUUUCCCAUGUAGACCUAAAGUUACAUAUAAUAUCAUAAUCCGUUUUUUUAAUGUUUAAUAAAGAUUUAAAUGUAUGUGAUAUCAAUAACAUUUUAUUUGAAACAAUCUGUCCAUACUUAGUGUUAAGCUAUCAAAAUAUUUUUAAGUAUUAUGUACUGUUCAAAUCAGAUUUAAUGUCGGAGAAUGUACUUUAGUCCUUUGCAAGUAACUUUAGAAACCAAAUUGCCAUGAACCGCGAAAAGAAAAUGGCGGUUUUGUUAAAAUUACUUGUAGAAAGACAUGUGUUAUUCAGUUAAUACAAUCAUUAUCUACAUUAAAUAAGAAUAUAUUUAUAAUAUCAGUUGAUUUUCUGAACUAAAUAUUCUAUGUGUCAUUUUCAUAUCGAAAUAAAUAAAAAAUAUAAAUCAUUGAAUUAUAUUUAUGUCAAAUAC